GAAGGGGAAAAAGGUUAUUGGGCGCAGAGGAGAGGAGAAAGAAAGGGACAAGGGCAUAAAAUUAGAGAAAAAGAAGACAAAAAUGGGAAACAUGUAGCUUCGGGGAGCUGGGCUGUGUGCAUUUUGUUUUGUUUACUGACAAUAUUCCCUGCUGAUAUAGAUGGGAUGGGGUGGGAUGAGAUGAGAUCCCUUUCUAAUUUACUACUCAAAAUUGAUAGCAAUGUAGCAUUAGCAUAUAGUCUACUGCUACUUCCAAUGACAACAUUAGUAUUUGUCUAAUGUCUGUAAUAAUUAUCCUAGUGGGGAGUUGUGACGGUGUGAUGUUGGAAUCUGGUUUCAUUGGCUGUGGAAUGGAGUCUUCAGCUGUUGCAGCGCACCAGUUCUGGUUGCUUUGUUUCUGGUAUGGUUAUUGAACUCUUUUUUACCAAUGAAGUGAUCUAUCUGUGGAAAAUAACAGGAAGGAGAAAGUAACUGAACGCCCCAAAACUGUUUACCCGCGAUGGAUUUCUUCAAAAUGAAGAAGUUUAGGAAUGCUCACAAGCCUAAUCCCAAGAAUGUCGUGCAAGAUCAGCCAGUGCCUCAUCCGGAGGAGCCCAAGGAUGAGUGUGGAGAUGCAUUGGGUAAAUCAGUCAGUGUUGAUUCAAACAAUCCUGAAGUGGAGGAUGAUGACGACGAUUUCAUCACAAAUGAGGUGAAAAGGAGGCUGAAAGAGCUGAGGAGAAACAGCUUCAUGGUGUUGAUACCUGAGGAAACUUCUCCAGCAGACGAGGAGGAAGAAGAGGAAGAGGGGGAGACCAGCUCUAGUGAAUGGAGGGAUGUUGAAGCGGAAGGGCGGCAGUUCUGGUCUGGUUUCGAUGCUGUGUAUGACAUAUACUGUGAGCGCAUGCUGUUUUUUGAUCGCUCGAGCUCUCAGCACCUGCAGGAAGUUGUUCAAAAUCUCGCAGGUUCUCAUGUUCCUUCAACUCCAUCCCCAAAAUCGGCUUCUAAAAAGCUUGCUUCUCCCCUCGCAUGCCUUUCCUUGAGAAAAUUCGAGCCACCCGAAGAGGAAACCGAGCACUUGCAGCAACCAGUUAACGACCCGUAUCAGGAUCUAGAAACUGCGUAUGUAGCUCAAGUAUGCUUGACUUGGGAGGCGCUUCACUGCCAAUACACACAGCUGAGUCAGAAAAUAUCUUCCCAACCCGAUAGCCCCACCUCUUACAACCAGAGCGCGCAGCAGUUUCAACAGUUCCAGGUCUUAUUGCAGAGAUUCAUUGAAAACGAGCCGUUUGAACAUGGGUCAAGGCCAGAAAUCUUUGCUCGAACGAGAAAGUCCUUGCCCAAACUACUCCAGGUUCCAAAGAUCCAAGCGUCUGACGAGAGAUCCACAGAUGAAGAGGCAUCGGAUCUUAAGGUUCACGCGACAGAUGUCCUGAGAGUAAUCGAGACCUCUAUCUUGAGUUUUCGCCAUUUUGUCAAGACGGACAAGAAAAAAUCUGGUGGCGUGCGCAGUAUAUUUGGAAGCCAGAACCAGAUGGCUACACCUGUUCAACAGGUUCAAUCUUCUCUUGAGAAGAAAGCAAUGAAACUGAAGGAGCUGUGGAAGAGGAGCAAGAGCUAUAAGAAGAAAUCGUGGCCGAGUACAGCAGAAGAUGUGGAGAUGCUGCUAGGACUCAUCGAUGUCAAAGUGCUGUCGAGGGUGCUACGAAUGAUCAGAAUUAGCAAAGAGCAGCUGUUUUGGUGUGAGGAGAAGAUGAAGAAACUGGGUUUACCUGAUGGCAAGCUGCAGAGAGAUCCAUCACCCAUCCUUUUCCCUUGUUAGCUUCUUCCUAGAUUAUUACAACUCAGAGAAGAAAUAUGUUUUUGGCUUAUUGCACUCAUGUCUGCAAAAGAUACUUGUUUUCUUCUACAUAUGAGAAGCAUUUAUCUUUUAA